AUCAACACACCAAACGCUGAUAAAAAUAUCUAUGGAAAUUCGCAAGUGAAUUCAUCGUUGGAAAUGACUCGCUUGAAUAGCAACACAAACAAUGAACAGCCGUCAAUGUUUUCACAAAAUCUGGAGCGAAGUUCAUUACUCAGAGUGCCACAAUACACGCUGCAAGAUAUGGAGUUUGUGGAAGAGUUGGGAGAGGGGGCAUUUGGCAAAGUGUACAAAGGGCAACUGACACAAAUCAAUGGCGAUAAGAUAUUUGUAGCCGUCAAAGCAUUGAAAGAAAAUGCAUCGCUUAAAACGCAACAGGAUUUCAGACGUGAAAUUGAACUUAUAUCGGAUUUGAAACACGACAAUAUCGUUUGCAUUUUGGGCGUAGUACUCAAUAAAGAGCCAUAUUGCAUGCUAUUUGAAUACAUGUCAAAUGGAGAUCUACACGAAUUUCUUAUCGCCAACUCCCCCAGCGAAAAUAAAUCGCUGACACAAUUGGAAUUUUUAAAGAUAUCAUUGCAGAUUAGUGAAGGCAUGGAAUAUCUAUCCGGCCAUCAUUAUGUACAUCGCGACUUGGCUGCGCGAAAUUGCUUGGUUGGCGAUAAACUCACAGUGAAAAUAUCUGAUUUUGGACUAUCACGAGAUAUUUACAGCUCAGAUUAUUACAGGGUACAAUCAAAAUCGCUUUUGCCAGUGAGAUGGAUGCCGUCCGAAUCGAUUUUAUAUGGCAAAUUCACCACUGAGAGUGACGUCUGGUCAUUUGGCGUUGUAUUAUGGGAAAUAUAUAGUUAUGGCAUGCAGCCAUAUUAUGGUCACAGUAAUCAGGAGGUUAUAAAUUUGGUACGCUCGCGCCAAUUACUUUCAUGUCCUGAGGCAUGCCCAACAGCUGUUUAUUCGCUUAUGAUCGAGUGUUGGCACGAACAGUCCGUCAGAAGACCUUCCUUCUCAGAAAUCGCACAUCGUUUGAAGGUGUGGCAUCAAGGGCAACUCAAAUUGAAUUCCACACCGACACUAUCAAUUAAAGCUUCCCCGAAUACUUGAAAUUUAGUUUAACCAAAAAUAAUUGUACUUUUUUUAUUACAUAAGAAAAAAUUAAGUAGUCUUUUGGUAGUAUUUGUACAUUUAUACGUAUAUUGUAUAACACAUAAGGGAAAGACGAACACACAUUUCAUGCACAUAUAAGGAUAUUGAAAAAUACAUUAGUAAACUCAUUCAAAAUUUCUUGAAAAUAUAUUAAAAUGAUUUUUAUUAAAU